AUCACACAUCAAAUGCGUUUUGCAGUUCGGGCUAUGACAAAGUUGAGCCGAGAGUCAUCGGACGACCGCGCAACUAAUGACACGUCUGAGCGAAAUUAUGGAAAAACAACCCAGAUUAAUGUAUUCGAAGCUUUUCCAGAAGCGCAGACAGUUAGAGGUUGUUCUUAAUCGCAGUGCUUUGGCUUGGAAGGAAAUUGAGAAGAGCAGAAAACGAAGGUCAGGCAUCAGCAGCGUAUCUCAAACAGCUCACAGUCAUGCUGUUCAGGUGUGUGAAAUAGUGGCUGUCAGCAAAACUGAAGAAGACGACCAUGACGACACAAACAUAAGAGGAAUGAAGAAAGCAAAGCAGCACUCCCAGCAGUAUCCCCAAGCAUUCACAGUUUCAUACGUGAGGAGGACAAGGCAGCACCAGUGGCGAUGUUGUGAUGUCACCUUCCACUGUGCCAAUCAGGCACUCUGUAAACAGUGGAUCGAAGUGAUCAAUGGGCAGUUAUCACUACUCACCAACCGACCAAAGAGCCUUAUGGUGUACAUCAAUCCCUAUGGCGGAAAGCAGCACGGGAAAUGUAUUUAUGAGCAGAAGGUGGCUCCACUGUUUUGCUGCGCCUGCAUCUCGGCUGAUGUGAUUGUUACGGUACGUGCCAAUCAUGCCAGGAACCACUUGGAAACAGAGGCCAAUCUAGAUAAAUAUGAUGGGGUGGUGUGUGUGGGUGGAGAUGGGAUGUUCAGCGAGAUCGUGCACGGGUUGGUCACCAGGACCCAAACUGACCAUGGUGUGGACCAGAACCAACCAGAUGCAGAGUUGGUGCCGUGUUCUCUACGCAUAAGGAUCAUUCCUGUAGGGUCCACUGAUUGUAUCUGCUUUGCCACAGUGGGAACCAAUGAUCCAGUUACCUCUACUUUACACAUCAUUGUGGGUGAUUCCCAGCCAAUGGACGUGUGUUCAGUUCACCACAACGACAUCUUCCUCAGAUACUCCAUCUCGUUGCUUGGCUACGGUUUCUAUGGAGAUGUACUGACAGACAGUGAGAGGAAGAGAUGGCUAGGUCCUGCUAGAUAUGACCUGUCAGGGGUAAAAACCUUUCUGAGCCACAACUACUAUGAAGGCGCCAUCUCUUUCCUCCCCGCCGAGGACAACAUGGGGAACCCCAGGGACAAGCUGCAGUGUCGAUCUGGGUGCCCUGUCUGUCAGCACAAGCCAUCAUCAAAGUCCAAGCAGUGGGAGAUGUCAGGGGUGAAGGAAAAGUCUGAUAAAGUUUGACCACUCGUUUGUGGAGGUCCACCGGAUGAGGAUGUUUCGUUUCCAGCCGCGGCACCAGGAACUGGUUUCAUUAGAGGACCUGAGUGAGACUCCAAAAAAGACAGGCUUCAGUCCCAUAUGCUCUGGCCACACAAUCUGCAAAUACAGCAAAGCCCACAGUAGCUGGAACUGUGAUGGGGAGGUCCUGCCUCAAGCUGCCAUCCAAGUCAGUGUCCAGUUCCAGUUAAUCAGGCUGUUUGCCCGCGGUAUCGGAGAGCAGCAGCAGUGUGUGUUUGAAGACCCUUUUAUACUGUGGGCCCUGGAGCCAAGCACGCACUAGUCAAUGGAAUGAGAGCUGGACGGGACAUUUAGCUGCGAGAAAACAGAACACAAAGUUGCUCUUGGCAUGAUUUUCCUGGAAAAAUACAUGCAUCACAUCAGUGUGAACUCCAAAUGUUGCCAUCCCAUCUCUCUAUAAUGUGUUUGCCUGAAUGAAACAUGCAGGAAGUCCUCUCUGUGCACAAGAAGUGAUGGAAUAAAACUUAAAGGUGUGAUAAAAAAUAAUUCCAAAAUGAAGAUAGAGAGCUUUCGACCGCCAUAAAAAGGUAAAGAUGGAGAUCCAAAGAGACACCACUUGUUUUUUGGGCUUUUUUUUAACAUAUCUGUACAUUUUUGGAAAAUUAAGAUGUUAAAACUCAGAGGAUCUCAAGCAUCCUGGGUGUUCACUAAGCCACAUGAAACAGAGCUGAACCAGACUGAGCUGGAGUCAGCCACAACAAUCAGCAAAAGGUUUCCAUCCUGCCAAGAGGGACGCAAAUAGGAUUUCUCCCUAUGCAGAGAAGAGACGGCCAAGGAGACACAGCUUUGUAAGAAGGACGAAGAAAAAAAUUCCAGUGAAUUACACUGUUAAAACGAAAAGACAUAAAAUGCCAGGGCUGCACCUAAAAAAGAAAAAGAAAAACACACAAACAAUCUGAUCUUCCCUUUUUGGGAAAAAAAUCAUUUAAUCUGUGACCCAGGUGAAAGCAGAUAUGAGCCAGGAGCACUAAUGAAAAGAGCUGAAUACCCUGCUAAUACACUAACAGGACCCCGAUGGCUUCUGAGUAAUAAGGCAAAGUGGUUGCUAAGUGAUUUGGUGUGUCUCAGCACUGCUGCGCCACACCUGUGUAUCUAAACUCUGCUCCUCUCUGGCUAAAAACAACCAACAGUUCAGUCAUCACCUGGUAUUAGCCAGAAUUAUACAUUGUUAUCGUUAUUAGAGAUAAUCUAUUGUAUGGCUUUGAAAUUAGCUUCAUUUUGCUCCCUUUAGUUAUAGAUCAAGCUGGUCUUGAUGUGUCUGGAGAAAGGUCACUGGAGAAGAAAACCAGCAGCUUUUAUUUUUGCUACUAGCUUUUUUGGUUACUACUGCUUCUAUUGCUUCUCUCUUCUCUUUUAAACUGCAUACAAAAUAAUAAUAAGGGCAGUGUGUGAGUGUGUGUGUGUAGGGUUAAGUGUAUUUUCCGCAAUCUCUUUAGAGACGUGCAGUCAUUGAAGUGUGUGUAUUAUUGUCUUUGUGAAAGUGCCAAUGUGAUGAGUGAGUUUUAUCACAAGUAGCUCCAUGACUGCCGUUUUGCAGAUGUUCUCUCACUGAAGCCAACACACUGCUAACACAAGUUUCUAUACAUGAGCAAAGACAGGCACACACGUGCAUUUUCUAUCUAUCUACAAUGGUAUUUCCGAUAUUCAGUGUCUUGCUGCCUCACACACCCUCAUACACACACACACACGCACACACACACACGCACUCCUUUUAACAUCAUAAAAGCUUCGUCCAUUCUUUGAAUCCUGACUCUGGAUGUCUAUAAUGCUUGAAUUUACAGUAUUAUGCUCUUUCAAAGACUCAGAUGCUUUUAAAUCCUCACACAUACACAUAUACACACACUCAAAUGUACAGACAGACAAACACAAACUGUGGAAGCAAAGAUUGUUUUAGUGAUUUAGCAAUUUAUGACUGACAAUGCAAAUGCUGAAAAAAGUCGAACUGAAAUUUGAAUUCCCUUCAUUUAUAUGUAAUGAAUUAUAAACUUUAAUGAAAUUGCAGGUAUUGGAAGCUCACAAGCUAGGCAAACUAGCUUCCACCCAUGGCUUCCACUUGAAAAGUUGAAGCUAGUUAGCUUAGAUUGCUAACAUUAGCAUUCACUACUUUUUGUUUAUAGUAUUUCAACACCUACUUUUCACCUAAAGCUCCCAUUCACUCAAUAUUGUGUCCCUACAUUAUACAAAAAGGGACUUUUGACUAGGAUUAGCUGUCUCUUUUUAAUGAGUCCAGAUCUGGUGACAGCAAAUGACAAAAUUGUCAAAACUCAUAUCAAAGGGGAGUCCUGUAACGUCAACCCUCAGUACGUUACUUUGUACGAAUCACAACUCAACGUCACUAAAAUGUGGCGUCACAAACGGUUUGUUAGUUUGUUAUUUAUUUAUUUUUUUUAUUUGAUUUGAUUUGGAGUCACGGAGUAAAGUUGGCUGAAAUCACAGAGGGUUCUAAGAAAUGGCUAACAGUGUCGAUCCCCAAACUCAUCAACUGUCUGUGUGGCUGUUGGAUUUAAAGGGAUAUUACAAUCUGUUUUUAGCAGAACCAACAAUUUAUGCCCCCUGGAGGAAAGUAAUGUACAUCAAUCACAACAACACCGAGGAUAUAAUAUAUACUAAUUUCUUUGCAAAAGUGAAUUUUAAUUUCAGCUCGACUUUUAAGUUUUUAUUCAGUCUUGCUCUGCUCGCCAUAUUUGAGUAAACACAUAAACUGUGAUGUAA